GCCCACCAGCUCGAUGCACUCUUUCUAAUCAGCUUGCCUUGCUGGGACGGGACCAGACGUACUUCUUGCUCAGACACCAUGGCUCUCUCUUUCCAAACUGGCUCUUCCCGACAGCUGUCCUCAUACAGUAUUGGAGGUAGUGGUGGUGGUGGAUCUGUCAGAUUAUCUAGCGGUGGAGGAUUUAGUGGUGGUUCCAAAUUUGCUGGAGGUUACGCAGGAGGAAGCUAUGGAGGAGGAAGCCUUGGUGGAGGAUUUGGAGAGGGCUUGGGUGGAGGUCUGGGGGCUGGCUUCGGUGGUGGCUUUGCCAGUGGCAGCUUUGCUAGUGGCUUGGGUGGUGGCUUUGGAGGGGGAGAAGGUGGUCUCCUGGCUGGAGAUGAGAAGCAAACCAUGCAGAAUCUCAAUGACCGCCUUGCUAACUACCUAAGCAACGUGCAUGCUCUGGAAGAGGCCAACACAGAGCUGGAACGCAAAAUCAAGGAAUGGUAUGCAAAAUUUAGCACUCCAGACACCAACAGAGAUUACAGCAAAUAUUUUAACAUCAUUGAAGACCUUCGGAAUCAAAUCCUUAAAUUCACUACUGAAAACGCUGGGGUCAUUCUGCAAAUCGACAAUGCUCGGCUGGCUGCUGAUGAUUUCAAACUUAAGUUUGAGAAUGAACUGUUCCUACAUCAGAGUGUAGUGAGCGACAUCAACGGCCUGCGGAAAGUCUUGGAUGACUUAACCAUGGCUAAAUCUGACCUAGAGUCGCAGAUCGAAAGCCUGAAAGAGGAACUUGCCUACCUCAAGAAGAACCAUGAAGAGGAAAUGAGGAGCUUACAUGGGGCCGCCAGUGGGGAUGUCAGUGUGGAAAUGGAUGCUGCCCCAGGAAUUGACCUGACUAAGCUACUGAAUGACAUGAGAGCCCAAUACGAAGAGCUUGCAGACAGGAAUCGGAGAGAUGCAGAAGAACAGUUCAACAAGCAGGUUGGAGCUCUGAGGCAAGAGAUAUCUGCCAACGUGGAUCAACUGAGCACAGGCAAGACCGAAAUUACGGAUCUGAGGCGCACUCUGCAGGGCCUGGAACUGGAGCUUCAGGCCCAACUUGCCAUGAAACAAUCCCUUGAAGGGACUUUGGCAGAAACAGAACUAAAUUACUGUAACCAACUCACCCAAAUACAAGCUCAGAUCAGCAGCUUAGAGGAACAGCUUCUGCAGCUCCGGUCUGAUAUGGAGAACCAGAAUGCAGAGUAUCAGCAACUUUUAGGCAUCAAGACACGUCUGGAGAUGGAGAUAGAGACUUACCGCCGCCUCCUGGAUGGAGAAGGAGGUGGUUUUGACUCUUCUGGAUCUACAAGCUUUGUCAAAGAGCCAACGAAAACCAGAAUGGUUAAGACAAUUGUGGAAGAAUUGGUUGAUGGCAGAGUCGUUUCAUCCCAGGUCAAAUCAGUAGAAGAGAAACCAACCAAAUAAACAUCAAGAAUCCAUUCCACGUCCUGGCAGAGGAGCAAGAAAGUACACCUUCAAGAGUUAUGCACAGAAUAAUUUUAGCUUAAAAAAGCAUUUUUUCUAGAAGUUCCUCACUUUUUUCACUUUUCUUUAAGCAAAUCUCAAAAGUGCAUUCUGAAAUCUUGAUUUCUUUUAGCUGCAAUAGUUCAAUAAACCUUUUUACUAUUUGCAUAAUA